AUGGGCCAAGCGCCGUCGUCUCCGGCGGAAUCGAACGGUCGAGAUAUGGAUUUGAGGUUAUGGUCUCCGGUGAUUGUUGGUGGAGGAGAAUGGAUGUAUUUGGGAAAUGGUGUUACGGUUACAGAUCGUGAUUUCUCCGGAGAAAUACCGGAUGAGUGUUUGGCUCAUGUGUUUCAGUUCCUCGGAGCUGGAGAUCGGAAGCGAUGCUCUCUUGUUUGCAAACGGUGGUUGUUCGUCGACGGUCAGAAUCGUCAUCGGUUAUCGCUCGAUGCUAGAGACGAGAUCUUCUCCUUCCUGACGUCUAUGUUCAAUCGGUUCGAUUCGGUGACGAAGCUCGCUCUCCGAUGCGAUCGGAAGUCUGUUAGCUUGAGCGACGAGGCUCUGGUUACGAUCUCCGCUCGUUGCUUGAAUCUGACUCGCGUUAAGCUUCGCGGUUGUCGCGAGAUCACAGAUCUGGGAAUGGAAGAGUUUGCUCGGAAUUGCAAAAAUCUGAAGAAGCUCUCGGUUGGAUCCUGCAAUUUCGGAGCGAAAGGCGUGAACGCGAUGCUCGAGCAUUGCAAGCUUCUGGAGGAACUGUCGGUGAAGCGACUCCGAGGGAUCCACGAAGCAGCCGAGCUGAUUCAGCUGCCAGCCGGUGGGUCGUCCUCUUCGCUCAGAGCGAUUUGCUUGAAGGAGCUCGUUAAUGGCCAGGUAUUCGAACCAUUGGUCUCUAGUACAAAAACGUUGAAAACGCUGAAAAUCAUUCGUUGUUUGGGUGAUUGGGAUAAAGUUCUUCAAAUGAUCGGAGAUGGGAAUAGCUCUCUCAGUGAGAUUCACCUCGAGAGGCUCCAAGUGAGUGACCUUGGGCUCUCUGCGAUAUCGAAAUGCUCAAAUGUAGAGACCUUGCAUAUAGUGAAAACCCCAGAUUGCUCAAACUUUGGUCUGAUUGAUGUCGCUGAGAGAUGUAAUUUGCUGAGGAAGCUGCACAUUGAUGGAUGGAGGACUAAUAGGAUUGGUGAUGAAGGUCUAAUGGCUGUAGCUAAACACUGCUUAAACUUGCAAGAGCUUGUGUUGAUCGGUGUUAACGCUACGCAUAUGAGUUUAGAAGCCAUUGCUUCGAACUGCGAGAAGCUCGAGCGCUUAGCGCUUUGCGGGAGUGUGACCAUAGGGGAUACGGAGAUUGCUUGCAUAGCUAAGAAAUGUGGGGCGUUGAGGAAGUUCUGCAUCAAAGGAUGUCCGGUUUCGGAUCUAGGGAUCGAGGCCUUGGCUGUUGGUUGCCCUAACCUGGUGAAAUUGAAGGUGAAGAAAUGUAAAGUGGUGACUGGAGAAAUCGGGGAGUGGCUGCGUGAACAGAGGAGGACACUUGUGGUGAGUAUGGACAGUGAUGAAACGGAAGCAAUGGUGGUGGUGGAUGGAGAGGCUGAAAAUUUGGAGGAGCGGAGGGUGGGUCAAGGCGGUGGUGUGGUGGUACCGGAGAGUGUUGCAGGUGGGAACAACAAUGGAGGAAGUAGAUUAGCGAUGAUUAGGUCAAAGUUGGGGUUUCUUGCUGCAAGGAACUUGGGUUCUUGGCCAUUUGCGAUUUUCUGGGUUUUACUCGUCGAAGCUGAAAUCGACUUUGCGAGAUUGGCGUCGGUGACCGACGAUCGUUCUGGGCUCGAGAUGAGUUUCGAGUUGUUCUUGUGGACUGGAGGCUACUGGUCACCAGAUGAUAGAUAUCUUGGCGGCGAGUCAAGUCGUGUGGGUACCUUCACUGUAGAAGAGUUUAAGAUGAGUAGGGUUCAGCUGAUAAUUACUGAACAGCUCGGGUAUGAGGACAACAUGAAGAAGCUAUCAUGGUUUCCAUCAGAGACUCCGAAUACGAAAGUGGAUAUCGAGACAAUGAAUAAAGUUGCUCACUAUGGUGUUGGGUUCGGGGCUGCGACACUGUAUGUUGUCUGUGAAGAUGAUCCAUACAUAGGUCGGCGCACAGGUUGGAACACUUCACUGGAGGAUGAUGAAAAUCUUUGGCUAGAAAAUCCAGAUGAUGGUAACGUGGGUGAACAUGGCGAUGAUAGCAGAGAUGGAAAUUCAAGUGAUGAAGCUGGAAACUUUACUGAAGAUGAGAGCAGUUGUGAUGGCAGAAGAACUAAUGUGGAUGACAAGAGUUACAAGAGAUUUGAAAUAGGUCAGGAGUAUAUGACUAUAGACAGCUUUAAGAGUGCUCUUCACAAAUAUGCAGUCAAGAAGAGGAGGGAUAUUAAGUACAAGAAGUCAGAAAAGAGUCGAGUGAUAGCUAUUUGCUCAAAUGGAAAGUGUCCUUGGAGGAUAUGUGCUACCAUAAACAGCAGCUCUCCAAGGGUAGUUGUCAGGUCACUACAAGAAGAGCAUAACUGCACUUGGCAAGGUAAAGUGUCACUUCUCACUUACUCAAGAAUAAGUGAGAUUUACAUUGGCGAAUUCAGGCUGAAUCCCAAUUUCUCGGCUCAACAGCUACAAGAGAAGCUCUUGGCAAGAAACAUUAAUGUCCCUUGGUCCAAAUGCGAGAGGAGCAGAUUGGAUUGCUUGAGGAAAUUUGAUAGGGAGCAAGAUGAGCAAUUUUCUAGGCUGUUUGACUAUGUGUAUGAGUUGAAAAAAGCAAACCCUGGGUCAACAGUGGAACUGGUGGUGAAGGGAACUGAGUUCGAAAAGUUUUAUGUCUGUUUUGGUGCAUUGAAAACGGGAUGGAAAGCUGCGUGUAGGAAGAUACUUCAUCUUGAUGGGACUUUUCUCAAGUGGCGAAUGAAUGAAAUGCUUCUAGUAGCUUGCGGGAGAGAUCCUAAUGAUCAAAUGUUUCCCAUUGCAUGGGGAAUAGUCGAGAAGGAAAAUACGCCAAACUGGAGGUGGUUUCUAGAGCAUUUGGCUAGUGAUUUGGGCCUUGAAACCGGCAAUGGUUUGACCUUGGCAAGUGAUCAGCAAAAGGGAUUGAUUGCAGCCGUUAAAGAGCUCUUACCAUUUGCUGAACACAGGAUGUGUGCUCGACAUGUGUAUGCGAACUGGAAGAAGAGACACAGUGGCGCAGACUUGGAGGAUUUGUUCUGGAGUGCAGCCGAUUCCUAUUAUCCCCUAGAUUUUGAGAGAAAGAUGCAAGCAUUAAAAGACUAUGAUGCCGUUGCACAUGCUGAUUUGAGGAUAUCUCUUUGGUGUCCCUGGUCAAGGGCCUUUUUUACGGAGUAUUCAAAGUGUGAUGCUGUGGAGAAUAACUUGGGCGAGUCCUUUAAUGCUAUAAGGAUUGCUCGAACGAAACCCAUAGUGGAGAUGCUUGAGGAGAUAAGGCGCAGGGUUGUGGUUAGUAAUGACAAGAAGAGGUUAGAAGCUGAGAAAGCUAAAGGUGUCUAUACUCCUAGAGCAGUUGCUUUGCUUGAUCAACAAAUCGAACUAGCUAAGGAUUGUAGGCCAUUGGGUUUUGGUUUAGGCAAGUAUGAGGUUACAUACGUGAAAAAUGAGGUACAUGAUAGGUUUGUAGUGCAUCUGCGAAACAAAACUAGUUGCUCCUGCAGACUGUUUGUUGUUAGCGGCAUUCCUUGUUGCCACAUAGCAUCAUCUCUAAGGCUGGAGAGAGGAGAAGAACAAGACCCUAAGACUAGGAUUAGUCAAUGGUUUACCGCAGAUAAGCUUAGGGCGUGUUAUUGUACACCGCUAGGACCAGUGAAUGGAAUGAAUUUGUGGAAAGUGACAACUGGACUAAGGGUCACUAGGCCACCAUUUGGAAGUCCUGGUGGAAGACCUCCUGGAAAAAACAGAACAAGGGAAAAGGGUGAGAAAAAGAAGGAGCCAGAGAAUGGAAAAAUGCCAAAACUAGGAAUAACAAUGCCGAAAUGUUCUCAUUGCUUCAACGGUUGGAUUUGGUGCUGUUUUUGGAGUAAUGAUGCUAAUGUGGACCUCCAACACUGCCUAAUGUUGUUUGUUGUUCAUGUCAGCGAAGGAAUUAUGGUAAUGUAG